AUGUCGCUCUUCGGUUCUGUCGCCGCUACGUCGACAACAGCGGGCCAAACAAACACCACCGGCGAUAUAUCUAAGGAUGUCGCCCUCAAUUCACCUCCUGAAGAUAGCAUUUCUGAUCUUCAGUUUUCCCCCGCCAGUGAACAUCUUGCGGUAGCUUCAUGGGACAAGAAAGUCCGCAUUUAUGAGAUCAAUGAUCAGGGACAGAGCGAAGGAAAAGCUCUCUUUGAGCAUGAAGCUCCAGUCUUAAGCUGCUGCUGGGCACCUGAUGGAACCAAAGUAGUAGGCGCUGGUGCCGAUAAGGCCGCACGCAUGCUCGAUCUCGCUGCAAAUGCUACCACCCCCGUCCAAGUCGCAGCCCAUGAUGCUCCGAUCAAAUGCUGCCAGAUGAUUCCGAACCCUGCUGGAGGCACACCCCUUUUAGUGACCGGCUCGUGGGACAAGACAGUCAAAUACUGGGAUCUACGGCAAUCGACCCCGAUCGCCACGGUAGAAUGUCAGGAUCGUGUCUACACCAUGGAUGUCAAGAACAAGCUGCUAGUGGUUGGGACCGCGGACCGAUACAUCAACAUCAUCAACCUCGAUAACCCCACCAAAUUCUACAAGACUAUGCAAUCCCCUCUCAAGUGGCAGACGCGAGUAGUCAGCUGCUUUACAGAUGCCACAGGUUUUGCUGUCGGCAGUAUCGAGGGUCGCUGUGCUAUUCAGUACGUGGAAGACAAAGACUCUAGCUCGAACUUCAGCUUUAAGUGUCAUCGAGAGACACCCCCAAACCAACGCGACAUCAAUAACAUUUAUUCCGUCAAUGCUAUCUCUUUCCACCCGGUUCAUGGCACGUUCAGCACCGCCGGCAGCGAUGGAACCUUCCACUUCUGGGACAAAGACGCCAAACAUCGCCUAAAGGGAUAUCCCUCCGUAGGGGGGACCAUCUCCAGUACAGCAUUCAACCGCAAUGGCAAUAUAUUUGCCUACUCUGUGAGCUACGAUUGGAGCAAAGGCUACUCGGCCAACACCCAACAACUUCCCAAUAAAGUGAUGCUUCAUCCAGUUGCUCAGGAAGAAGUGAAGCCCAGGCCUGGUACCAGGAAGAGGUAA